AAGAAAAAAGGUUGUUUGCUGUGCUGUUGCGUGCUCUUCUGUGAUCCUUGAGAAGGGGAGAAAGACCCACCGACUCAGAGUGACCCGGGGUAGAAGAAUCUCCGCAAUCAACCAUGUCCGCUUCCGAUCCCGAGAAGUUAAUCACCAAAGCUGAUAAACUAACAAAACUCAGCCUUACAAGGUGGAGUGCUGAUUGGAGAACUGCUACUCAAUUGUAUGAGCAGGCUGCUAAUGCUUUUAGGAUGGCCAAGGACCCUGAGAAAGCAAAAAUAGCGUAUGAGAAAGCUUCAAAAGGACAAGAAAUGCUUUCUUCACCCUGGGAUGCUGCUAGGCAUAUGGAGUCUGCGGCUUAUCUUGCAAAAGAACUAGGAAAUUGGAAUGAAAUUGCUGAUUUCUAUAGAAGGGCAUCAGAGCUAUACAUUGUCUGUGGGAGAUCACAACCUGCAUCUGAUGCUCUUGCAAAGGGUGCCCGUGCUCUUGAAGAUGCUGUGCCUGAUGAAGCUAUUCAGCUUUACGCUGAUGCUUGUUCUAUUCUUGAAGAGGAUGGGAAGGAACAAAUGACCUUUGAUCUGUAUCGUGCUGCAAUAAGUGUUUAUGUAAAACUUGAGAAAUACACAGAUGCUGCAGCUUUCCUAUUGAAAUGGGGCGUUGCAGCUGAUAAAUGCAAUGCUACCAAUAGCCAAUGCAAGGCAUACCUUAGCGCAAUUAUUGUUUACCUUUAUGCACAUGACUUCAAGCAAGCAGAGAAGUCCUAUAACGACUGUUCUCAGAUCGAUGUGUUUUUGAGAAGUGACCACGGACGUUGUGCUAGUAAGCUUCUGUCUGCUUAUUCAGAAGGUGACAUUGAAGAAAUCAAACGGCUGGCUCAGUCAAGCACUAUUUCUAAUCUUGACCAUGUGAUCAUCAGGCUUGCAAGGAAACUGCCUACGGGAGAAGUGAGUGCACUGAAGACUGAUGAUGCGGAAGAGCAAGAGCCACUGGACGAAAAUGACCUCACUUGACCUCUCAAAGAUCGCGGGUGGACCUAGUUUGUGUAUGCAUUUCGAUGCCACUCUUUACAUUGUGCAGUGUUUAUAUAUAUAUAUAUAUAUAUA